AUGGAGGCACGAGUACCGCUGGUUUCCUAUCAGGAUUGCAAAAAGCAGCACCGGAAAGUUGACGGUCUGAAGCACGUCUGCACCGAUGCAUCGUACGGGGUAUGACAUUUUGAAGCAACUUUCGUUUGUAGUCCUAAGAUUUGUACUUGAUUAACCAAUUUCUCCUUAUUUAGGAAACUUGCCACAGUGACAGUGGAGGCGGCCUACACUGUUUGGAUUAUCAGGGACAUUGGAUCGUUUAUGGCGUCAUAAGCUAUGGCAAGCGUAAUUGUGACGGCGAAUAUUCAGUUUACGCAUUGAAUGGCAGCUAUGUUGAAUGGAUCAAAAGGAUCAUUCGUUAUAAUUAA